AGAGAGAGAGAGAGAGAGAGAGAGAGUUGUGAGCGCAGUGGACAGUUGAGAGACGCGUCUGUGGUGGUUAGUUAGUGCUCGCGGAGCGCGCGAGGGUAUCUCUCGCGACCCAGCGCAUCCUCCUUUUCAGCUUUUGCGCGCGAGUGACGUACGGCGCACCCUCCACCCUCCCCUCUCCUGCCGUCACCCCCCACCCUUUUUUCUAUUUUUUCCUUUUUUUUCACUCCUGCUCGAAACUUUAAAUGCCCCGUUCUCCGCGCGCUCCCGCUGCGGGGCCAUGCUGAGCCACUCCCGCGCGGCUCCGCUGCUGCUGCUGGCUCUGAGCGCGCUCACCGCCGCCGGACUGGCGCGCGCCUGGAGCGACGACGACCUGCUGCUGCCGCCGGUCAACUCCACCGCGCGCUUCCUGGCCAACCUGGAGGUGGACGUGGCUUACGCGCGAGGCUCCUCGACCUCCUCAUCUUCUUCAGCAUCUUCAUCAUCUUCAGCAGCAUCAUCAUCUGGAUCUUCUUCCACAGCCGCCGCGACCUCCUCUUCCUCUUCAUCAUCUUCUUCUGACUCCUCCGGCGCGUGCAACGUGAGCGUGGAGCGGCUGCCCGCGCGGCUGGUGGCGCGCUGGGACGGCGCGCUGGGCUUCCGCUGCGACGUGCUCGUCUACACGACCAACAGCCACGGCAAGGCGUUCUUCUCCGCCGCCUUCAGCCGCGCCGUCUCGCCCGUCUACAUCGAGCACGUGGGGCUCGCGGGGGGCCAGCAGGAGCUGCGGCUGUGCGUGGGCUGCGGAGCCACGGGGCCGGUCAGGCAGCGCCGGAGACCCGGGUCGGUGCGCUUCUGCUGCCUGGACUUCGCCCUGGACGAGCUGAAGGGGGACAGGAGUUGGAGGCUCAACCGCAAGCCCAUCGAGUCCACCCUCGUGGCGUGUUUCAUGACUCUGGUCAUCAUCGUGUGGAGCGUGGCCGCCCUCAUCUGGCCAGUGCCCAUCAUCGCGGGCUUCCUGCCCAACGGCAUGGAGCAGAGGCGACCCAGAUGAACACGUACGCUUUAAGGCUCUUUCACACCGAGUGCCAUUUUUAAUUUUCAGAAGCGUUUUUUAAUGUAGUGCAACCUUCACAUCGAGAUCGAGUUCACACUUUUUACACUUCUUCCGUCUGUGUUCUGCAAACAUAGCUUUAAACACCUUAUAUAUAUAUCUGCUUACUGUCCGGUUUCUGCUCUCUUAAAUUUCACUUCUCCUGUAAAAGCUGUAGCCUAAAUUUGCUGCUGUCAAGUCAUGUCAGAAAUACUCUCUUUACAAGAGUGCAUAUGACAUCACAAUCUCUUAUUUAUCAGUGGGAAACUCUGUAUUUUCCUUAAGCC